GUGAGGGACUGUGUCAUGGCGUCCACCUGCAGCAUGCCGAAGACCAUAACGAAAACAUUACCCCGAUUGGUUGUUAUUCUCGGUGCCACUGGCACUGGCAAAUCUAAACUGGCCAUCGAAAUCGGUAAACGGUUGAAAGGCGAAAUAAUAAGCGCCGAUUCGAUGCAGGUCUACAAGGGGUUAGACAUCAUCACUAACAAAGUCACUGUGGAGGAGCAUGCUCAGUGUCCCCAUCACAUGAUCAGCUUCCUGGACCCGCUGGUCAGCAGGUACACCGUGGUGGACUUCAGGAACCGCGCACUCCAGCUCAUAGAGGAUCUUCACCAGCGCCAGAAGCUGCCGAUAGUUGUUGGAGGGACAAACUACUUCAUCGAAUCAUUGCUAUGGAAAGUGCUGAUGGAUAAUACUAGUGACAAUGAAGGUGAAUCACAGCAGCCUUUGAAGCCUUUGAAGAGCCCAGACCCAAAGAUAGCCAUUCAGAAACUAGGACCUUCUGAGUUGCACCGGCGACUGGCGGAGGUGGAUCCCGAAAUGGCAGCCAUGGUGCAUCCCCAUGACACCCGCAAGCUUGCAAGGAGUCUGCAGGUGUUUGAGGAGACGGGAGUGGCCCACAGCAGGCUGCUGGAGCAGCAGAGAGGGCAGGAGGGCGGCGACCAUCUUGGAGGCCCACUGAGGUUCAGGGACACCUGCAUCUUCUGGUUGAAUUCCGAUAUAAAAGCUCUGGAUGAACGGUUAGAUCAGCGCGUAGACGAAAUGCUUUCAAAAGGCCUCAUCGCCGAACUUCAGAAUUUCCAUCUACUUUAUAACCAACAAAGUGUUCAAGAAAACAGCCAGGACUACCAGCACGGCAUUUUCCAGUCGAUCGGCUUCAAGGAGUUCCAUGAGUUUCUUACAGCAGACAAGGACACGAGCGAGGAAGACCUCCAAACACUCAAGCAGAAAGGCAUUGAGGCUUUGAAAAUUGCCACUCGUCGAUAUGCCAGAAGACAGAACAAGUGGGUGCGGAACCGCUUCCUUAAGAGGCCGAGUUCCAAUGUGCCCCCAGUGUAUGCCCUUGACGUCACAGACUUGACACUUUGGGAGGACAAAGUCCUCCAUCCCGCUCUGCAUGUCCUAGAGAGCCUUCAAAAGGGUGAAAAGCCGUCCCUUGAGCCGCUGAGACUGGACAUUGCAGACAAGAACAAGAGGAGCCACCACACCUGUGACCUCUGUGAUCGGAUCAUCAUAGGAGACGCAGAGUGGCACGCUCAUCUGAAGUCAAAAUCCCACCAGCACCAUGUCCGGAAGAAACGAAGGUUAGAAGAAGCAGCAUCCUCAGAGUCACAUGCUAAGCAGGGCAAGGACCAGGACCAAAGAGAUACUGUGUCAACAGAGGAUUUAGUCAAAGCAGCAACUCCCUAGAAGAGCCAAGACAUUCCGUCAGAGAGACGGAAUAGGCAACUACCACCGUUUCCGUGGUAACAGAUAUUGAUUGACAGACAUUUCCCUUGUAGCACGGAGUUCAACUGUACACAUUGUCAUGCAGUUGAACAUGAAGAGGGUGAAGUGAAAAGAGAAAGAGAAAUGUAAAGGAAAAGAGACAGAAGAAGUUUCUUCAGAAAGACAACAUCUCUUGAAAUUUCCCUGUAGGCUUUUUUUUUUUUUACAGACUUUUCCUAAAGCGGGCGUCAUUCCUCUGGGUGAGCCUGGGACUUGUGUUGACUGAUCUACCAUCCGGAAGCAAAAUCCACUUUUAUGGGGUGCUGUACGAGCAUUUUUAAGUUGUUGAAUUAAAAUUCUUAUUUGUGAUUUGA